AUGAGCGACAAAGUCGUCCUGAUUACAGGAGCAACUGACGGCUUAGGCAAAAUCGCAGCUGCAAAGUUUCUUGCCGCUGGCAACACUGUCAUUAUCACCGGUCGGUCCGAAACAAAGCUCAACGCUACCGCUACUUGGCUUAGUGAUCAGCAGCAACAACAACAGACGACAAGACUAUACACUAUUUUUCUGGAUCUCGCCAGUCUUGAAUCCGUACGCCAGGCAGUAGACGCAUUUCGAGCACUCGGCCUUGGCAAGAUCGACGUGUUAAUCAACAAUGCCGGCACAACAACAUACGAGCGUGAAUAUGUCGCUGAAACCACUGCCGUGGAAAAGACCGUCUUUGUGAAUGCCGUUGCACCAUGGUACUUUACUCAGCUCCUCUUACCACACAUGAACGACGCAACUGGCAGUCGGAUUCUUUUCGUUACAUCGUCUUUACAUGAUCCAAACGUACGAGGCGGUCAACGCAAAAAUGAUAAAGGCUUACCGACCCAUGUAACAUUGGAUUCUCUGGACGGACAUAUUGCGUGGGAAAGCAUGUUGUUCUACAAGAUUUCCAAACUGACGCAGCUCUGGCUUGCGUCCGUCCUUGGAGAACAACUGAAAAGUCAACGGAUACAAGUCAUCGCGCUGUGUCCUGGCUUUGUACCCACCACAUCAUUGAAUCGAAACACGAGCUGGUUCUUGCGUUUGCUCAUGUAUUAUGUGAUCAGCCGUAUGAGUUUUGCCACGUCGGAAGAAGAUGCGGCGGACGAUUACGUGUAUUAUGCGCAUGAUGAGGAAAUUGAACGAGAAGGAUUUUAUUAUCGAAAGCGACAAGUGGCAGAACCGUCCGAGGAUGCAAGGAACUCGGACAAAGCCAAACAGUUCUGGAAUAUGACAUGCGAUAUUUGCCAUGUGCCUGAAAAACGGAUCUAA